AUGAAUAAUUAUCAAAGAAUUAAAUUGCCCUACGAACUUAAUGAAUUAGAAUGGGUUAUUUCUUUCAAAACCAUGUAUUAUCAUUACAAUAUUCUCCAUAAAAAUUAUGAAGUCAAACUUUUGGAAACACUGCGGGGAACCGAAAUCAUGGAACAAUUUCCUACUUUGGAGAACUUGAUGGAAAAUUUGGAGAAAUUGCCAGAGGAAAUAAAAGAUGAUGUACGUUUUUUUGGGGGCGGAUUAAUUAAUCAUAAUUUUUUUUUCGCUCACCUGGCUAAAUUUGAAUCCGAGCAAAAGGAACGUGAAAGGGCAGAAAAAAUAAGCCCCGAUUUGCUAAAUCUUAUUCAAGAAAAGUUUGGUAGUUUAGAAAAAUUAAAAAAAGAAUUGGUAAAAAGUGCCUUAAAAGUGCAGCACGCUUAUUAUUUGGAUUAUGGGGCUAAUCGCAAAGAGUAUGUGGAAAAAUUGCUUGACAUAUCAGUAAAAAAGAAUGGUUUGCCUCCGGAAAAGCCAGAGAAAUUGAAUGAUGGCUUAGAUGAUCCAAAGCCAGUUCCAGGUGAUAAAAAGGUAGAAAAAGUUGCUUAUAUAGGUAUGGCCUAUGAUGAAACUGGUAAAAUAAGUAAAUAUGCCACUUUUAGUACUCCGUUUCUUGAUGUUCCAGGUGAACCUCCAAGUAUAAGGGUUUUUCGUGUCGAUAAAAAUCACCCUAGAAUUAAAGAAUUAUUAAGCGAAGGAAAAGGAAAAUUAAAAGAGGGUAAAAAAUUUACUAUCCGUUAUGGAAAAGUAGAUAAAAAGUCAGAAAAAGGAAUUUUUAAUGUUCUUAAUGAAAACAAUUCAGAAUUAGAGAUUAAGGAGGUUUAG